GCAGAAAGAAAUCUGACGGCGCUGUAACGGACACGCACCAGCAGGCGGCGACGGAAAAACACGGUAUCCCGUCCUUUCCUCUCCUCCUUCUCCUCCUCCUCCCGUCGUGUCGUGCUUUAACUCCCUCCUUUUCCUCCAAACACACGCGAACGCGAGUAACACCGGCAGCUUUAACUAUUAUCACACUGUCACCGGAGGAGGAACGUUACCUGAAGCCAUAAUAACGGGACAAAACUGCAGGAUCCGAGAUCUGCCAGAGGACGGUGAACAGGCUGAGAUCACAAAAACCAAAAACACUCAGAGAAAUCUGCAAAGACGUGCACUCUGACGCCUUAAACACACACACUGAAGAAAUACAGGGAGCCAGAUAAAUGGCUGACAAACAGAUCAGUUUGCCUGCCAAGCUAAUAAACGGCGGUGUGGCGGGACUGAUCGGCGUUACCUGCGUGUUUCCUAUCGAUCUGGCCAAAACCCGCCUUCAGAACCAGCAGAAUGGAUCGCGCCUCUAUACCAGCAUGUCAGACUGCCUUAUUAAGACCAUCCGGUCAGAAGGAUACUUCGGCAUGUACAGAGGUGCGGCGGUGAACUUAACUCUCGUCACUCCAGAAAAAGCCAUCAAGCUGGCGGCAAAUGAUUUCUUUAGAUAUCACCUCUCUAAGGACGGGCAGAAACUCACUCUACUGCGAGAGAUGCUGGCCGGCUGCGGGGCGGGAACGUGUCAGGUCAUCAUCACAACACCAAUGGAGAUGCUGAAAAUUCAGCUGCAAGAUGCCGGAAGAAUUGCGGCCCAGAGGAAGCUGAUGCCUCAGGCUGUGACCCCUGGGGGCCCCGUAGAGGUGAAGUCCCCCACAGCUAUGCAACUCACCAGACAAUUACUGAAGGAAAAGGGCAUCGCGGGUCUUUACAAGGGCCUGGGAGCCACGCUGCUCAGGGAUGUCCCGUUUUCUAUCAUCUAUUUCCCUCUGUUUGCUAAUCUGAAUAAUCUGGGGAAGCGAGGAGCCGACGGUCCCGCUCCCUUCUACGUGUCUUUCGUAUCGGGCUGCAUUGCGGGCAGCACAGCCGCCGUCGCCGUCAACCCCGUAGAUGUGAUAAAGACCAGGCUACAGUCGCUAACACGAGGAAGUCAAGAGGACACUUACAGCGGAGUGACCGACUGUAUCAGGAAGAUAUUACGCAACGAAGGUCCCAGCGCUUUCCUGAAGGGGGCGUACUGUCGAGCUCUCGUCAUCGCGCCGCUCUUCGGCAUCGCUCAGGUGGUUUACUUCCUCGGCGUGGGCGAAUUCAUCUUGAGCUACCUGCCCAAACGGAACAACUAACCACCCGUCCCAUCAUGCAUUGCACCAGUCUGAUCCCCGCCCCCCUCACAGGUCGCCAUUACCGAAGGAUCAAAGCGUAACGUGGACCCGUCUGACUGAUUACUUUAAUCGUUUGUCGUCGUGCCGUUUUCGUUCAAAGCGCCGUGUAUUUUGAUCUGAAUGUGGUGGUUUUAAUACUGAGCGUAAAGUGAGAUUGUGUUUGCCAAGCUGCCUGUUUUUUGUCUCGUCCCGUCUCACGCUGAGACUAAAUGAUGUCCUUUUAAUCGUUGAGCCAUCUGACAUUUAAAGCGUAAAAUCGACGAUCAGUCGCAGCGCUUUGAAUCGUAGAGCUCUUGUUAAUUACGUACUGAAAUAUCAACCCAACACGAAGCUUGUUUUAACUGCUAAUUUCCUGAAACAAGAGGACAUGCCAUGUUGAUUAGUUUGCCCUUUAUAUUAGCCGUUUCCGCCUUUCUUGCGAACUCUGAAUGCUUUUCCUCUGGGCUCUGAAUGACCUUGAGGAAAAGCAGAAGUUGUAAAAUAGCAUCCGACCCGAGAGCAGCGUAUCUUUGUGCCCUAUCAGUUCUUUAUUCAGCGUAUGCUUCGAAAUUACAUGUCGGCACUGGAGGUUAAUUCAAUUAAUUUCUCAGAAACACUGAGAGAAAUGUGAAUUAGACUUGAAAGCAUCUCUCAAAUUGACUGAAGCAAAAUGAAAAUGCCUCCAACCGGGGAUGUAUCGGCCAUUAAAACUUCUGCAAAGUUCCCUUACUCUGGGAGAUAAUCAUUAGAGAUUAUGAGAUUCGUUUUGCAUGGCCACAGCACAAAGACAAUUAAUGUCAGUCAUUUUUUUGCCGUAUUUGACUCAAAUCUGUUUCGGUAUUUGGAGGCUGAACAGCAAAGUUAGCAUUAAAUAUGAUCUUAAACCUCAUUUAAACCACAUUUGUAGGUGGUUUGAAGUUUAAUUAAAACAUUUCGGGUAUGCAAAGUAGUUUUUCCCCCUUAUUUAGGAUGGGACACGAAUGUAAUGUCAAACACAAUCUGCAGUAUUUCUCAGAUGUUGAGUGUAAGCAGUUCUUACCAGUGUUGUUAUUGCUAACUAAAAUUACAAUUAUUAAAAACAUUUUUGCUAAUUGAAAUAAAGCUGAAAUAAAAUAAAACAGAAAUAUUAGAUGGAAAUUUAGUAUAAAUAAACAAAUAAAUAAAGCGUGACAAUAGAACAUACCAAAAUUACCAAAGAUUAAAUGAAAAUGAAAAUGAAAAUUACACAAUAGUAAAUAAAAUGAAAAUGAGAAAUGUUGCUUUGGGAAUUAAGUAGUAAAAUUACUAACUAAAAUAAAAAUAAAUACAAAAAUUUCAAUACAUAAAAACUAAAUUUAAAAAAUGACUAAAUCACUUAACAAAAUUACUACAAAAUUAAUUUUGAAAAUUAAAAACUGAAAUAAAAAAAUUCUAAAUCAAAGGAUGUUGAAAAAAAAAAUCACAGGUUUAUAUAUAUACAUAUAUAUAUAUAUAUUUAUGAAUCUUGAAUUUAGUAUUUAAUAUUCAGUAAUACAAUCAAAAAAUCUUGAAAAAAAAUCUAUCACAGAUUUAGAAAUUUAUUAAGCAGCACAACUGUUAGCAAUGUUGAUGAUAAAGCUGUAAUGCUGCAAAAAAUUCAAAUAAAUACUGUGCUUUUGAACUUUCAAAGAAGCAAAGAAUCGUGACUCGGAGAAUUGUGAAUCAAAGAAUCAAAAAAUCCUGUAUCAAAGAAACUUUAUAAAAUUAUUGAAAAAAUGAUUUAUCACAGAUUUAGAAAUUUAUUAAGCAGUACAACUGUUAUCGACGUUGAUAAUAAUGCUGUAGUUGCAAAAAAUGUAAAUAAAUACUGUUCUUUCGAACUUUCAAAGAAUCUUGAAUCAAAGAAUCAAAGAAUCGUUAAAUUAGAGAAUUUGUGAAUCAAAGAAUCCUGUAUCAAAGAAUCUUGAAAAAAUCUAUCACAGAUUUAGAAAUUUAUUAAGCAGCACAAAUGUUGUCAGUGUUGAUAAUAAUGCUGUAAUGUCGCAAAAAUGCAAAUAAAUGCUGUUCAUUUGAACUUUCAAAGAAUCUUGAAUCAAAGAUUCAAAGAAUCAUGAAUCAGAGAAUUGUGAAUCAAAGAAUCAUGAAUCAAAGAAUCUUGUAAAAAAAUCUAUCACAGAUUUAGAAAUUAAGCAGCACAACUGCUAUCAACGUUGAUAAUAAUGUUGUAAUGUUUCUCAAAAAAAAAAAAAAAUACUGUUCUUAAAAUAAAUUAAAUUAAAUUAAAAUAAAUACUGUUCUUUUGAACUUUCAAAGAAUUUUGAUUCAAAGAAUCCUGAAUCAAAGAUUUCCCAGAAAUGAGUUUUAUAAAAAUAAAAGCUAAUUCAAAAUAUUAAAAACUUUAACUCUAUAUAAAUGAUACUAAAAUAACACUGGUUUGUUCUUGCUUGCAUACCAAAUCAAAUCAUCUGGAUCUGUGUGGACAUCACGGACCUAAUUAAUAUUUAUGAGCAAAGCUAAUACAUUUUACAUUGUGUCCCACCCACUGCAAACCCACUUUAGCUACUUAGAUUUCCCACUACAAAAAAUGCAAUACUGUACUAUUAUAAAAACUUUUGCAACCCCAAAUGCAGUUCAUAUCGGUCAGAUCAGAUCUGAGAAAGAGUACUAAUAUACUAAAUCAACAACAAGAAAAAAAAGCACCAAAGUAAUGUGCAUAUCGAUUGUAAGUCCUGCCCUGUGAACUUAUGAUGGGCGGAGCUAAUAAUCACGAACAUUAACGCAUUCGGAUGUUUUCCCACAGUGCACCGCCGCCCUGCAGUGCAUCAUGGGAGAUUUUAGUAGUCAUUCCAGUUUGUUCGAGAAGCCGAAAGCACAGACUUUGGAUGGAAGUCGUAUUUAUUGACAUAAUAGAUGUAAACACACCUAUAGUAUAUCUCACUAUAUAUUUCUAUGGAUAGUUUUAUCAGUGUCUGAUUGUUUGUGUGAUCAUUGUUGAUUACUGUGUACUGUACAUAUGCAGAUGAAAUUAUGAAGCGAUUAUGUUUUUGGUUUUGUAUCCGACGGCUUAUUUGCACACCUCUCCCCCCGUUCCUUCUCUUUAUGUUUUUGGCAUCUGGAAGAGUUCAUAUGCCAGUUUACAGCGUGUGAGCCGGACCCGUAAUGUAUCAGUGUUGGAAUCGUGAGCUCGUUGUUCACGCUAGUGUGCACUACCAAAUGAACCGAACAAACCUGAAGGCUUUCAGCUCGUAGUUCUCGUUUACUUGACGCUGUUUGUUUUUAUUUCUCGUGCAGGCGUUCGGAUCGAUCCGCAGCCUAUUGUGGGGAGGCAAAAACACAAUGUUUGGGCUCACAAUAGUGCUGACAGGACGCGCCGACGGCUGGAGCGUGAUAAGCGCUGCCUAUGUGUGCAAUCAAGAGCGGUUUUUGGCUCAGGCUGACAAACAAUCGAGUCUGUUUCAUACUGCCAAACGAUUCCUGACCAAAUCCCUGCCUAGAAUACCUCUGUCUUCUUUCCCAGUUCAUGUAAUAGUACAUUGGUUUUCUAAAUGCGUCCGGUUUAUAUUGUCCUGCAGGUGAAGAUGCACUACCAUUCAAAAGUUUGGGGUCAAAAAGAUUUUUUUUAAUACUUUUAUUUAGCAAGGAUGCAUUAAAUUGAUCAAAAGUGACAUUUAUAAUGUUAUGAAAGACUUCUGUUUCAAACAAAUGCUGUUCUUUUGACCUUUCAAAGAAUCCUGAAUCAAAGAAUCAAAUAAUACUGAAUCAAAGAAUUUUAAAAAAAAUCGAUCACGGAUUUCACAAAAAUAUUAAGUGACACAACUGUUAUCAACAUUGAUAAUAAAGUUGUAAUAUCGGGAAAAUAAAUAUUUUAAAUAAAUACUAUUCUUUCGAACUUUUCAAAGAAUCUUGAAUCAAAGAAUCAAAGAACACUGAAUCAUAGAAUCUUGAAAAAAAUUUUUUGCAUGGAUUUUACAAAAACAUUAAGCAGCACAACUGUCAUAAAUAUUGAUAAUGUUGUAAUGUCGCAAAAAAGUUUUUUUUUUUUUUAAUAAAUACGGUUCAUGUGAAAGUUCACAGAAUCUUGAAAAAAAUCGAUCACGGAUUUCACAAAAAUAUUAAGCAGCACAACUGUUAUCAACAUUGAUAAUAAAGUUGUCAUUUAAAAAAAAAAUCAAAUAAAUACUGUUCUUUCGAACUUUCAAAAAAUCUUGAAUAAAAGAUUCAAAGAAUCCUGAAUCAAAGAAUCAAAUAACACUGAAUCACAGAUUCUUGAAAAAAUAAUAUUAAGUGGCACAACUGUUAUCAACAUUGAUAAUAAAGUUGUAAUUUCGAAAAAAAAAAUUCAAAUAAAUACUGUUCUUUCGAACUUUAAAAAAUCUUGAAUCAAGGAAUCAAAUAACACUGAAUCAUAGAAUCUUGAAAAAAUAAAAUCUAUUACAGAUUUCACAAAAAUAUUAAGCAGCAUAACUGUUAUAAAUGGCGACAAUGUUUUAAUGUCGCAAAUUUUUUUAUUUUUUUUUUUAAUAAAUACCGUUUAUUUGAACAUUCAAAGAAUCUGGAAUCAAAUAAUCCUGAAUCACAGAAUCUUGAAAAAAAUCGAUCACGGAUUUCACAAAAUUAUCAAGCGGCACAACUGUUUCCAACUUUGAUAAUAAUGUUGUAAAAUUGCAAAAAAUUCAAAUAAAUACUGUUUCGUUUGAACUUUCAAAGAAUCUUGAAUCAAAGAUUUCUGAAUCAAGAAAUUAUGAAAAAUGUAUUUCACAAAAAUAUUAAGCAGCAUAACUGUUUUUAACAUUGAUAAUAAUGUUGUAAUAUUAAAAUAAAUAAAUAAAUAAAUAAAUACAAUUCUUUUGAAUGAAAGAAUCUUCAAUCAAAAAUCCUGAAUUUUGAAUCAAAGAACACUGAAUCAUAGAAUCUUGGGGGGGAAAAAUCUAUCACAGAUUUCACAAAAAUAUUGAGCAUCACAACUGUUAUUAACAUUGAUAAUAAUGUUGUAAUGUUGCAAAAAAAAAAGCAAAAAAGGUUCUUCUGAACUUUAAAGGAUCUUGAAUCUAUAAUCUGGAAAAAAAAUCUAUCAAAAGAACUUUUAAAGAAUCCUGAAUCAAAGAAUCAGAGAAUACUGAAUCAAAGAAUCUUAAAAAAUCUAUUAUGAAUUUCACAAAAAUAUUAAGCAGCACAACUGUUAUCAACUUUGAUAAUACUGUUGUAAUGUCGCAAAAAAAAAAUAUUUUGAACAUUCAAAGGAUCUUGAAGCAAAGAAUACUGAAUCAGAGAAUCUUGAAAAACAAUUACACAAAUAUUAAGCAGCACAACUGUCCUCAACAUUGAUACUAAUGUUGCAAAAAAAAAAAAAAAAAUCUAAUAAAUGCUUUUCUUUUGAAUUUUCGAAGAAUAUUGAAUAAAAAAAUACUGAAUCACAGAAUUUUGAAACAAAAAAAGCAUCACAGUUUCCACAAAAAUAUGAAGCAUCUCAACUGUUUUCAACAUUGAAAAUAAUCAUGAGCAGCAAAUCAGCAUAUUAGAAUGAUUUCUGAAGUAUCAUAUGACACUGAAGACUGGAGUAAUGAUACUGAAAAUUCAGCUUUGAUCACAGAAAUAAAAUACAUUUUACAAUAUAUUCAAAUAUUACUGCAUUUUGAUCAAAUAAAUGGCUUGCUGACGAUAUCUGACUUAAAAUCUAACUGACCCCAAACUUUGAAACAGCCGUGUAGUGUAAAACGUAACUAAUGAAUAUAUCAGUGACUCUAAAUAAUAAUUCUCCAGAGGUUCAGAGGGUUUAUGGUGCUGUCUAACAAGUAAACAUCUCUAGUCUCGCUGACAAUGCGCUUUAUGCCAUUUGAAUGAGUUCAGAUGCUCUUAUUUAUUUUUUAAAGGUCAUAGGUCGUACUUUACAAGGUCAGUGCGUGCAUAACCCUUCUGACGGUUACCUCACACAUCGUUAAUUGUUUAAAUGAAUGCAAAUGGUAUUAAAAUGGAAGUACGUUUCAUGCCUACUAUAAACAUCUGACCUUAAUGACCUUGUUUUGCCUUGUAUUUGUUUUGCCAGCGUGUUUUUCCGAAACAUUCCAGAAGCUAACAUAUCUGUGAUGACUCUGAUUUUAUUCUGUUGUUUUGUGAUGAUUUAGUAUUAUUUAGAUUGUUUUCUCAGCUGUGAACUCAUAGUGUUUGUGAACGGUGGCGUGUUGUGUGUGUGUGUGCGUGUGAGGGGUCAAUCGUGCGCACGGGUGUAAAUGUCCGGGUUGUCGUUUCUUUUCCGUCGUUUACGCAACACUAAAGUGUGUUAUUCACUCUCUCCCUCUUUUUCACCAUCUGUCCUUCUUCCUUACGCUGUACUUGAAGGAAUUAGACAGCAGGUGGCAAAAAACACCAAAAAUAGCAUCGAUGAUUUUACAAUCCAAGCACAAAAACAAAUCUGGCACAAGCGCAAUCCUCACACGGCCGUACUAUAGUCAAUAUACUAGACUGCACAUAUUAUAAGCAACGUAUCGCCUGUUUGUUUCGACAAACCAGAGAAUGUAUCUUUGAAUUGUAUAAUCCAUGUAAAUUGAUAGUAUUCAAUCUUAUAUAGUAGUAAAUUAGAUGUUAGAUAUUUGUGAUUUCACUCUUCAUGUAAUGAAGAGUCUAUAUAUAUAUAGAAGGACCAGCACAUAUUUAUGCAAUAAUUAAGAAAUUAUUAAAAUACAUAAACACGGCUGAAUCUCAUGAAAAUAUGUCAUGGUCACCUUUUACCCCUUAAAAAAAUUAUAUAAAUAUAGAUAGAUAAAAUUACUUUUUUUGCAUUGUAUCAUUAUUUAUGACAUUUACUGUAAUACAGUAUUGUUUCUUGUCAUGAAAACAAUGUAAAAUAUAAAAAUAACCUAAAAAUUGGUUGGUUUAUUAAUAUUAUUAUUAUUAUUAUCAAUGGAACCUUUAGUAUUUGUUGUAACGUUAUUUUCAUGACAAUUACUGUAAUAUACUAUACAGUAUACAAUACAGUAUAUAUUUUUUGCUUUAUUAUCACAAAAAAAACAACCAUUUUUAAAACAUAAAUAUUUAAAACCUUACAUAUUUUUUGAAUUGUGACAUUAUUUUUAUGACAUUUACUGUAAUACAGUAUUUUUUUCUUGUCAUGAAAAUAAUGUAAUUUUUUAAAGAACCUAAAAAUACUGGCUGAUUUAUUAUUUUAUUUUAUUUUCAUGACAGUUACUGUAAUAUAAUGUAGUAUAUAGUAUAUAAUACAGCAAAUAUUUUUGCUCUGUUGUCAUGAAAAUAAUGUAAAAAUAUUACAAUAAUCUAAAAGUUGCUUUUAAUUAUUUUUGUUUUACAUAAAGAAAAUUAAGACUUUUAUUAAACAUUAUUUAUUAAACAUUAAUUUUUUGCAUUUUCAUGACAGUUACUGUAAUACAGUUUUUUUUUUUUUUUUUGCUUUAUUGUCAUGAAAAUAAUGUACACAUACCUAAAAAAAUAGAUAUAUUAAUUAAUAUAAUUUUUUAUUUUAUUUAUUUGGUUAUUUAUUUUUUGGUUUAUUUUUCUCAGUUACCGUAAUACUUUUUUUCUUUUUUGCUUUAUUGUCAUGAAAAUAAUUUAAAAAAAUAAAUAAAAAUUACCUAAAAAAUUAGAUGUGUUCAUUAAUAUCAUUCUUAAUUUUAUUUAUUUAUUUUUUGGGGAUGAAACAUGGCCAAAACAUAUUCUUUCUUGACAUAUUUCAUGAGUUUCACCCGUAUUCUCCAUAUGGUUCAGUCAUGCUGCUGUUAAGCUGUAGUUAUAGACAGAACCUCCUUCCUCCACGACGCCUUUGCUUUCCUCCUCCAAGAGGAAACAGUGCAAUAACGCACUUUAACUACAAACACAAAUACGCAAAAUGCACAACAAGGCCCUUCUGGAAGACAACGUCGGUCUGUAUGUUGCGACGUCAUGAGUGCUGCUGUGAGUUUAUGUGUGUGUUGAUGCACAAACAGCCACAUGUGUGAGACUGAAAAAUGACAGUUGUUUUAAUCGUUGUUGCAGAAACCGAAGACACGCUGAUCAUAUUGAAUUCCUUGUCACAGAUUGUUGUUCAAUAAAAUAAAUUGUUCAUAACAA